AUUUGCCUUUUUAUGAGGACGCUAACCAAUACUCACAUUGACUCUUAUCAUCAGAGUCCAGGUAGGUCAGCCCUUUUCCUGAACAUAGGUUUUAAAGGAGGAAGUUUCUGCUAAGACAGAACAUUCCAGCCGUCCUUGAACACAGGUGGACAUUCAGUUAGUCAAUUGCUCAAGCGGUUACUUUGUGAUUUUUGAAGGCUCCUGAUGUAAGUUUCUCAAGGACUCAUACAGACGCCGACUGCGCCUCACCGAGCAGAAAUUACAAGAGACAACAGAGUGAGUUUAAAAGCAGAAAGCGAGACAUGGCUGCCUUCGGACUGGAAAUAGUGGGAGUCAGUCUUUCAGUUCUCGGCUGGAUUCUCAGCAUCGUGUGCUGCGCUCUGCCCAUGUGGAGGGUAAGCGCGUUCAUCGGCAAUAAUAUCGUCACGGCUCAAGUGUACUGGGAAGGAAUCUGGAUGAGCUGUGUGUUCCAAAGCACAGGGCAGAUGCAGUGUAAAGUCUACGAUUCAAUGCUUGCUCUUCCUGCCGACCUGCAGGCGGCUCGCGCCCUGGUGGUGGUGUCCAUCAUCGUGGGCAUCCUGGCGCUCCUCGUGUCCGUUGUUGGGGCCAAGUGCACCAACUGCAUUGAGGAUGAAGCAACAAAAGCUCGUGUGAUGAUCAUCUCCGGCACUGCUUUCAUAACCGCUGCCGUCUUGCAACUCAUUCCUGUGUCCUGGUCGGCCAACACUGUUGUUCGGGAGUUCUACAGCCCAGUUGUACCAGAAUCCCAGAAGAUGGAAAUAGGGUCGUCACUGUACCUGGGAUGGGCUGCCGCGGCUCUGUUGAUGGUUGGGGGGUCAAUCCUGUGCUGCAGUUGCCCACCUAAUGACAAAGCAAGGUACCCACCCCAAAGCCGAAUAUCCUAUUCAGCUCACCACUCAGUGGGCCCAAGCACCUACAACAAGAGGGACUAUGUCUGAGGAGCUCAGAGGACAAGAUGUUUGUGACUGCGUCACAAAUUUCUGAACUUAAAAUCUAGUUUACGUGUGAAUGGUGAAUAUUCAGUCAGUACAGCUCUGUGUCAAUGUUUCUACGUGUUUUUUUCAGUAAGGUAUGUUUUUGCUUUGUGCGUCAGUGCCUGUUGUCACUCCACAUCUGAAUCUGUUAAAUUAGUUUUGUAUCUUGUAUGUUAUAAAUCAAAUUGAUUGUGAUUUGUGGAGGGUAAUCGAAUACAUUAUGUCAGAGCAAAGGUCAGUUAAAGUACGAUUUGCUUCAUUUUUGUAGUCUUUUCUGUUUUUUAUUUAGAAAAGGUAAAAUAUUUUCUAAAAUAUUCUCUAAAUUAUUCUUUAGGGUUUUAACACUAACUUUUAACAUUGUAUGAAAUGUUUCAAGCCAAAUGCUAGGCAUAAAUAAAAAAAUAUAAAAAUGGUUGCUGUUAAAGUAUAUUGCAGGUACUAAUAUCUUUACUUUGCUUGGAUUGUAAUACAUGUAAAUAUUAAAGUUUUUACACUCUGUAAAUGUGUAAUUAUAUCCAUUGACCUUCUCAUUCUUAUUCAUUGAAACACUGUUGCAGACAUGAAACAUUUUCCACUAAACAGCCCUUUAGCCUUGACUUAAACAUCAAAGCUGGCAGAGACUUUUUAGUACGAACAUCCCCUUUCUUGAAGUCUACUGCUACUUCUACACUGAAAAUAAUUGUGUAGUGAGUUUAGCCACACAUAACCCAAUCAUUUCAAAAUCAUUAAACUUGAAUAAAAUUCAAUUGUUUAAAAUGAUAGCAAUAUACAGUAUGCUUUGUACAUGAUAUAUGUGCAUCACAUUUAUGUUCAGUGCUCCUAAUACUAUUUAGUCACCGAUAAACAGUAUGUAUGCACUUUGUUGCUUUAUAUAAAAUCUUUUAUGCUUUUCUCUCA